AUGAUGUAUCAAGACUAUACCGGCAAACCCAAACCCUUCCUCCUAGGAUCCUACACCAAAUUUUGCAAUUUUCCACUCGAGAAAAGCAAUCUUGAAUACAAUAUGUAUAUUCCACCAAUCCAUAACAUUGAAUGGAAGUUUGCAGUGGAUACAACCAAGUCUGAAGAGACGAAUAAUUUAAAAUUCAGUGUUUUUCCAACAAAUCAACACAAUGAUUGUUUUUAUUCGGUCGAAAUGGAUGUUGCUGUGGUUAUUGAGAAUUUGGAGAGCUCCGAUUAUUCCAUUAAGGCCCAAGGAAACUACGAAUUUUCGGCAAUCAAACGGAAAUUGGUGCUUGAAAUUCCUGGAUACGAAAAGAUAAUCGAUCGGAAUCAGGGAUUUUUUGAUGAUAAGAAGGAUGAGAAAGCGUUCAAAAUUCAUUUCACUAUGGUUGUAAAAUCCACCAAUUUGUGUGAUUCUGUCAAAAUGUUGGAUUUUUACAAUUCUGAUGAAUCGCUCUAUGAUGUUGAGGUCAAUGUUUGGGGACAUACCAUGUACUUGAAUAAGAAGCUCAUCUCUCUGCAAUCUCCAACUCUUGCUGAACUCGUUGAAACCAAAACAAUUGCCUAUUCGGAUAUCCCAUUCGGAGUUAUUUUCGAAGACAUUCACGACUUCUUCCAAGUCAUCCAUGGUGUUGAUCUUAAACUGAAUGCGACAAACGUUGAGGCCUUCCUGAAGCUGGCCAACCAUCUCAAAGUGCCACGUAUCACAGAAUACUGUAAGGAGCAAAUGGUUGUUGGUGUCAGUGGAAUGACAACCAAUCAGAUCAUUUAUCUGGCCGAGAAAUGGUCAUUGUGGGAUGUUGUGCCUAGAAAGUUGUCCGCUGCAAAAUCUCUGGCUGAUUUGAAGUCACAAAAUUGGGAUUUGGAGAAGUUGGAUGAUAAUGUCAUCACACAGAUUACUCGUAGAAUUUUCGAAUUGGAUUAG